GCUAUAAACUCUAGGGUUCCAGUUUCACUCAUCAUCUAUUGUAAACCCCACUGCAAUGUUCCACCACCUCGCCGUCCACUUCCUACGCCACCGAACCACCACCAUUACUACCACAUCUCCACUUAUAAUUUCCACGCCAAUCAUCACUAUUUUCAUCUGAGUAAAGCAGCAGAUAAGUGAAUCUUCCUUUUGUUUCAAAUAUUCUCUGUAAACUCGAAGAUGUCUGUAGCGUGUCAGCAAAUGUCUGCUUUCAAGAGCUGUACUUCGUGGGGGAAUGACUCUCCUUUCCGGCUUGUGCGCUCGAAUUCGACGAACACUCGCAAUAGCAGGAGUGCACGAUGGGCAUCCCCAAAAGCAGCUGUAAUCCCCAAUUUUCAUCUACCAAUGCGCAGUUUUGAAGUGAAGAACCGGACUUCUACGGAUGAGAUAAAGUCAUUGAGGUUGAUAACUGCAAUUAAAACUCCAUACUUACCUGAUGGGAGGUUCGAUCUGGAGGCGUAUGAUGCCUUGGUGAAUAUGCAGAUUGAAAAUGGAGCUGAUGGUGUGAUUGUUGGUGGAACCACUGGUGAAGGUCAGUUGAUGAGUUGGGAUGAACACAUUAUGCUCAUUGGUCACACCAUCAAUUGCUUUGGCACAUCAAUCAAGGUGAUAGGAAACACGGGAAGCAACUCAACUCGAGAAGCAAUCCACGCAACCGAACAAGGGUUUGCAGUGGGAAUGCACGCAGCCCUUCACAUCAACCCAUACUACGGAAAAACCUCACUGGAAGGCCUCAUCUCCCAUUUCAAAUGCGUGCUCCCAAUGGGCCCCACAAUCAUCUACAAUGUCCCCUCCCGAACCGGCCAAGACAUCCCCCCAACCGUCAUCCACUCUCUCUCCUCCAACCCAAACCUAGCUGGCAUCAAAGAAUGCAUGGGCCACAACCGAAUCCAAACCUACACCCAAACCAACAUCACAACAUGGAGUGGGAACGAUGAUGAGUGUCAUGACUCACGGUGGGACCACGGUGCCACGGGGGUGAUAUCGGUGGCUAGCAAUCUGGUUCCGGGGUUGAUGCAGGAGCUUAUGUUUGAAGGCAAGAAUUUAUCGCUUAAUUUGAAGUUGUUGCCUUUGAUGAAAUGGUUGUUUUGUGAGCCGAAUCCGAUUGGGUUGAAUACGGCUCUCGCUCAACUUGGAGUUGUCAGGCCCAUUUUUCGGCUUCCGUAUGUGCCGCUUCCUUUGGAAAAGAGGGUGGAGUUUGUUGAGAUUGUCAAAGGGAUUGGAAGGGAGAAUUUUAUUGGAGAGAAAGAUGUUCAAGUUCUUGAUGAUGAUGAGUUUAUCUUGGUGGGUAGGUAUUAGUUACUUUUUUUUUUUUGGUUAAGUUAGAAAGUUGUGUUUGGUUUAGGCUGUGUAUUAUGUGCGGAUUUUGUUGUUUCGGCUGAAUACCUUAUUCAAUAAAGCUUUCAACUUUGUGA